GGUUCUUCCUCUCUCUCACUUCAGGAGGGGGGAGAGGAGAGCAGUUUAGUUUAGACAGGCGGACGGACGGACAGCCACGAGACACAUAAUGGCAAAUAUAUAAAAUAAACUUUUUGAAGCUCUGACUGACAUACUACCACUGUUUGUUUCUUAAGAAGGGGAUGAAUCUCCUUUCACUUGAAGUUGUUUGCACCACAACCGUUUUUUUUGAGGAGGCGGCGAGGCGCGGCGGCGGAUGGGAACACAGAGCAGCAGCAGCGCCAAACUCACAAUGCGCCGGAGUGAACAGAGGCAGCAGGGAGACAAUACAGAUCCGCGGGUCCACUGAGGAGCUGCAAUCUCUCAUCUGUGCUUCCUUUUUCUCUUCGAAGCCUACCCGAGAGUGGCAUUCCCACCGUUAAAGGCUAUUUUUUUUGUUGGACUGAUUGAGACUAAAUUGACUUCGCUACGAGGGGGCAAGCGGUUUGAUCUCCAAACUCAGCCAUGACGUCUCCGGCGAAAUUCCGAAAGGAAAAGGAGAUAGUGGCCGAAUAUGACACUCAAGUUAAAGAGAUCCGCGCCCAGCUGGUGGAGCAGCUCAAGUGUCUGGAUCAGCAGUGUGAGCUGAGGGUGCAGCUGCUGCAGGACCUGCAGGACUUCUUCAGGAAGAAGGCUGAGAUCGAGGUGGACUACAGCCGCAACCUGGAGAAGCUGGCCGAGCGGUUCCUCACCAAGACCCGCAGCACCAAGGACCAUCUACUCAAGAAGGAGCACAGCAUCUUAUCCCCUGUGAACUGCUGGAACCUGCUGCUGCUUCAGGUGAAGAGGGAGAGCCGCGACCACGCCACUCUGUCCGACCUCUACCUCAACAACAUCAUCCCCCGCUUCGCUCAGAUCAGCGAGGACUCAGGACGCCUCUUUAAGAAGAGCAAAGAGGUUGGCGUACAGCUGCAAGAGGACCUGAUGAAAGUUCUUAAUGAGCUUUACACGGUGAUGAAGACGUACCACAUGUACAACACUGACAGCAUGAAUGCAGAGUCUAAGCUCAAGGAUGCAGAGAAGCAGGAGGAGAAGCAGAUGGGACGCUCCGACCGACAGACACCGCGCUCCCCCGACACCUUGUCCAGCAUCAAGACAGACGAGAAGCCCGUCAGGCGCUCCAGUGUCAAGAAAAUCGAGAAAAUGAAGGAGAAGAGGCAAGCUAAGUACACAGAGAACAAGCUGAAGGCCAUCAAGGCAAGGAAUGAGUACCUGCUAGCUCUCGAGGCCACCAACAGCUGUGUCUUCAAAUAUUACAUCCACGACCUCUCCGACAUCAUUGACUGCUGUGACCUGGGCUACCAUGCCAGCCUGCACCGAGCCCUGAGGACGUACCUGUCUGCAGAACAGAACGUAGAGACGUCCAAACACUCUGGCAUGGAGACACUGGAGGGGGCUGCAGAGAGUCUGGAGGCCAACGGGGACAAACAGAAACUGAUGGAGACCUACAACAACGUCUUCUGCCCCCCCGCUCGCUUCGACUUCCAGUCCCACAUGGGAGACACGAGGGGAGUGGUGUGUGCCCAGCAGCCUCUGGAAAGCGAGCUGCUCCAGAGGUGUCAGCAGCUGCAGUCCCGCCUCUCCACACUCAAGAUUGAGAAUGAAGAGGUGAAGAAAACCAUGGAGGCUACUCUGUCCACCAUCCAAGACAUGGUGACAGUGGAGGACUACGAUGUCUCCGAGUGCUUCCACCACAGCAACAGCAUGGAGUCGGUCAAAUCCACCUUCAGCGAAUCAUAUCUCAGCAAGCCCAGUCUGGCCAAGCGACGGGCCAAUCAGCAGGAGACGGAGCAGUUUUACUUCACAAAGCUGAAGGAGUUUCUGGAAGGCAGGAGCCUGAUCACCAAGCUGGAGGCCAAGCAUGACCUCAUCGACAAGACCAUGGGAGAGAGUCAGAAGAGUGACUGUUGCCUUGCCAGCGGACGGAGAAACUCGGCGCUACGGAAGCAGGAGUCUGGGGAAGUCAUUCCUCUGAUGGUGGAGAGCUGCAUCCGCUUCAUCAGUCGCCAUGGUCUGCAGCAUGAGGGCAUCUUCAGAGUGUCGGGCUCUCAGGUGGAAGUCAAUGACAUCAAGAAUGCGUUUGAGAGAGGUGAGGACCCGCUGGCAGGGGACCAGAAUGACCACGACAUGGACUCCAUCGCUGGCGUCCUAAAGCUCUACUUCAGAGGACUGGACCAUGCCCUCUUCCCCAAGGAAGUCUUCCAUGACAUCAUAUCCUGUGUCGCGAUGGAGAGCCUCCAGGAGCGAGCAAUCCACGUUAAGAAAGUUCUGAAAUCUCUGCCGAACAAAACCCUCAUCAUCAUGAGAUACCUGUUCGCCUUCCUCAACCACCUGUCUCAGUACAGCGAUGAAAACAUGAUGGACCCAUACAACCUGGCCAUCUGCUUCGGCCCCACCCUGAUGUCCGUCCCCGAGGGCAACGACCAGGUCUCCUGCCAAGCUCACGUUAACGAGCUCAUCAAAACUAUCAUCAUCCACCACGACACCAUCUUCCCCGGGCCACAGGAAGUGCAGGGCGCCAUCUACAUCGUCCCUGGAGCUGGAGAUGACUUCUGUGAUAGUCCACACUGUGAGCCCCCCCUUGUGGAAGAGCCUGCGCCUGAAACCGUCUCUGUCAGCCGCAACAGCGAGGAUGGCUCCUUGGCCGUUUCAGAGUCGGACGCCUUCGAAGCCAUCGCUCGGUUUGACUACUCCGGCCGGACUAGUCGGGAGUUGUCGUUCAAGAAGGGCGCAUCUCUGCUUCUCUACCAGCGGGCCUCUGACGACUGGUGGGAGGGGCGGCAUAACGGCGUGGUGGGCCUGGUGCCGCAUCAGUACAUCGUGGUGCAAGACAUGCCUGACGGGGGCAGGGGAAGUCCAAAGCCUGAUAUGGACAGCAAGGAGCUGCUGGAGGAGAGAGUUUCCACCAGGGUCAGCGCUGCCUCUCCUACUGGAGCUCAUGUGGCCGACAUCUACCUGGCCAACCUCAACAAGUUGAGGAAACGUCCGGAGUCCGGCAGCAUCCGUCGAUCGUUCCGCGGCUCAGAGAGCGAAAGUCCAGGAAGUCCAGUAAGUCCAGGACCCAGCGGAGGGGGAGGAGGAGGGGUGAGAACCGCUUCCCUCCCUGUUGGUGGGGCUCUGGUGAAAGAGAGCGGAGACAAACGACCUGUCAGCGCUCACAGCAUCCUCAACUCAGUCACUCGCCACUCCUCUCUCAAGACCAAGGUGGAGAGUCCACAGCUACGCAAGACAUCUUCAGCAGGCCGCUCCAAAAGCUUCAGCAACCACAGACCGCUGGACCCUGAGGUGUUCUCCCAGGUGGAGCACAGCUCACAGGACAUUGAGGCUACGAUGACCUCUGCGCUGAGUGAGCUCAGUAAAUUGGAGAGGCAGAGCACAUCGAAACACACACACACCCCGGACGUGGUGCUGGACACACUGGAGCAGCUGAAAGGUGUGUGUGGAGGAGGAGGAGGGGGAGGAGGAGCCUCGGAGCCCUCCAGUCCUCUCCACUCCCGUCUGCUACGGGACAGCGAGGGGGCUUCCUCACAUGCACACCCGCUUCAGCGCAGCGCCUCCUCGGCCAGCGACGUGCCCUCCUCCUUCCGCCCGGCCAAGAGCCAGCCGCGGAGCCCCCUGCCCUCCGCCACCUCCCCCUCUCUCUCCUCUUCCUCCCUCUCCUCAUCUGUACCUUCCUUCAGAGAGCUGCGCCCCCCAGCAACGAGGCCCAAGCCGGUGGUGUUCCCAAAGAAUGGGAGCGGCAGUCCAGCCAUGGGUUCCCCGACCUCCACUGUGCCCCCUACUCCUCCUCCUCCACUUACAAGCCACUCGCUCCCUCACACCCCUCCUCCUCCGCCCUCACCCCAGUCUAAUGACAAACCCUGCCCGGUUUAGGACUUCCCAAUCUGACCCACGAUAAUGAUUCUCACAAACUCUUAGAUUUCUUACAGCUCUUCUACAAGCAGAUGCAGAAAGCACUUCAUUUGAUUGACACAAGACCUAACCCACUACUCAUGUGUAGCAUGCACUUCCUGGUGUCCAGGCGAGUUUCUAAGACGCCUUGUUCCCUUUGGUCAAGAGUUUUUUCAGCCCUUUCCUGGCAGCUCUGCUUAUUGCAGUUCAACUAUCAGAGGGUGUUAAUACGAGAGAGAAAAAAAUACACUUCUGUUUCUUUUGCCAUCGCAGAGAUCCCAGGCAUCACUGGAUUUAAAACAUUAUUCACAAGGGAACAGGACUCAGGACGGACACCUACAGAUUACAUACACUAGUUUGUGAUGUUUGAAAAUUGUGUUUGAGUGGGCGUGCAGGAGUGUUACUUGCCUUUACACACAGAUCAAGUGAGGAACAAAAAGCACUGUUUGAUUUUUGUAUAGUAGACAUUUUUUUCUUUUCAUUUUAUUGACCCAUGACUAGCGGACUGGAAGGGAACGUUUGAUUCCCGAGAAUAGACUGUGAAAUGCUAAGCUCUUGCUCUGUGUAGAAAUCAAACACACUGACCUGCUGCUUCAGGAGUGGAAGACUGGAGAUGAAGGUGGUCUUUUGAGAUGAUGAAAGGAAAGAAAACUGGGCCAAAUAUCAGUGUAAGUCAUGUGAUCCAGGGCUUUAUUUGAUCUCUUCCUCAAGUGUUUGAUAUGUUGGUGAUUUCUUUUUUUUUCUUUUUUUAUUACUGUUCAGUACUCGUCACAACAGGAGCAGUGUUCUCCAAAGCCUAACAUGGCCACUAGUAAUUCUGAAUACACAUAUAGCAAUACAGAUGAUAAAAGCUGGUAGUUUGAGGCAUUACGCUGCUUCUCUCCUGCAGCUCUAUUAUGUGUGUAGGGGACCACUGAAACACAGCAUUUUUAUAGAUAAUGCUGGACUGUACACAUACACACACAUUCCCUCCAAAUGUGUGUGUGUUGGUGUUUUGUGGCAGCUAAAAAAAACGUUCAGGUUUUCCUUGCAUGCUGGGGCCAUAGAGGGCAGCCACUAUGGCGAGCUGGCAGCUUAUAUAUCUGCAGUACCAGCCACGGGACGACUUCAAACAAACACAGCUUGCUCCUUUAACUAUAUACUUAACAGUAAAAAGGGUUAUAUUAUUCUAAUGGUGUGUAUGUAUGUUUUAAUUAAUCUUGAUGAUAACUGGAAGCAUGGAGCUGAGGAUCCUCUUGAGUGUGUUUUGAGAUAGAAGCACAACCAACCACCUCAUCCAAUGGGCUCUUAAGCAAAAAUGUUUUGUUAUUACUUUUUGUUCCCAGUUGUUAAUUAAUGCUCAGAAUCUGUAAUGAAAAAAAAAAUGUUGAACUGUGUAUCUGUCUGGGUGUGUGCCUGUGUGAGCAUGCGUGGAUGUGUAUUAGUAUGUAUGCACCUCACCCCCCACCCCUUGCCUCACGCAUUACAUAUGGAUGCCUCCCAACAGCAUCUGUUUGAAAAUGCCUCUCCCAUAUUAUGGAGUACAAGCAGCCUUAGUUCUUACAAAAUAAUCACUAUGUACAUGUGUUUAGAGAAAAAUAUGUUGUCUUGCCUGGAAGAAUCAGGACAAGAACAUCAGAAUCCAAGAAUUAAAUCUUAAAUAAAUAAAUAUAUUAUCUGCUAAAAUGUACCCUUUGCCAAAUUAGAUCUGAUGAUGAAUUAAAGAAUACAUGAAUACUUUUGUAAACACUGACUUGGACAAAUGGCUAAACAUAAGACCUGUUUUUGAAACAGUAUUGAGCUCAUUUUACAGAGGCUUCCACAUAUUCUCCUCUAUCACGCCCGUUCCCCGUCUACCAGGUAAUGAAUUAUACUUGUUAAGGUUUAUUUUUUAUAUCUGUUUACUGUUCGUGUAAUACCUGGUGUAUUCGUGUUGCUCUUACCUCAUCAGAACAACUGGAGGGACUGUGACUGUGUGUUUGCCCUACCAGCACACACACUCACACAUACAGAUAUGCAUGUGGUUGGUUGGUUUGUUUUGUCCUGGCUGUGCCGUUACGGAGAGCUGGGACCCUCUUCGAUCUUAAAUCAAUCAUGGUGCACUUGAACAACUUGGCUUGCGUGUGGACUAACUGUGUGGGGAUGAUUUGUCAGAAUUGAAUAUUGUUAAAUAUGCAUUUUUGUGUCCAUUUGAAAACAGCAGAACUAAAAAAAUGACUAAUGUCAAAUCUAUUUAUAGUUGUCUCUGUAUUACUGGAGAAUCCUGUGUUCAGAUGUACUUUGUAUAUACAAUGUUGUACAUUACAGAGGUACACUCUUUUUUGGUACAAUAUUGUACAGUAAUAGCAAUAGUAGUUUAAUCAAAUAGGCCUUAUAUAAUUCUAUGUGUAGUUCUUGUAGUAGAUCUGUUUUUUAAUAAACAUUGCUUGCUAUAAAGAGCUUUGAAUUAUUUGAUGUCUGUAACAAUAAAGAAAACCUAUGACACGUUU